GGAGAAAAAGUCCCAACAUUUUCACCUGUGUGUGUGCUCUCAUCCGCUGAUGUCAGAUUCUCCUCCUCCUCCACCGCCUUACUUCCUUCCUUACUCACUAAUCUUUCUGCCCCUUCAGAUAUUUUCCGUUUCUUCUUUGUCGCCUUUUGCCGAUGAAUGGAUCCCAACUUCUCUGCUCUCUGUAAAUUACAGAAUCUAUGUAUGAAUCCCGAAGAGGCGAUUCUCGGCUCGACCCGACCGUCGCUCUCGGAGCUCGUUCCGUUUCCUCCGGGACAGGCGCACGCGCCGUCGCCUGAGCCGCUCGAGUGCCUGCUGGAGGCGCCGGUGCCGGCGUUCCUGUCCAAGACCUUCGAUCUGGUGGAGGACCCGUCUCUGGACGCCAUCAUAUCCUGGGCUCCGACAGGGGAGAGCUUCGUGGUGUGGGACCCGGUGGAAUUCGCCAGGUUCAUCCUUCCACAUAAUUUCAAACACAGCAACUUCUCCAGCUUUGUUCGUCAGCUCAAUACAUAUGGAAAUCAAAGAAAUCCAGUGGGUGAAUUUGGGAUGAGCUGCAGGGGGGCUUCAUCCAUCUUUUUGCAGGGGUUCCGAAAAAUGCAUGCUGAGAGGUGGGAAUUCGCGAACGAAGGGUUCUUGAGAGGGAAGAGGCACCUGCUGAGGAUCAUCCAGAGGCGAAAACCGCCGGGCUCUUCUGGACUUCCUCUGGAGGCUGAGAUAGGUAAAAUGAGGAAGGAGAGAAUGGGUAUGAUGCAGGAAGUGAUGGAGUUGCAGAAGGAGCAGCUGGGGACAGUCCAGGACCUGGAAGUGGUGAACAAGAAGCUGCAGGCUGCCGAGGAAGGGCAGAAGCAGAUGGUUUCUUUCAUGGCCAGACUGCUGGGUCAGAUGAAGAAGAUGAAAGAACCAAAUGCCAUAAUUGCUCCUCCAAGAACGACAAUGGGGAGGAUGAAGAGGUUCGCGAAGCACAGUCCCAAAGAAACAGGAAUGGGCAGCAGCCUAUUGGGAUCUGAUAAAAGAGUCAUUUUUGGCAACGCUUUAGGUUCUGGUAAAUAGUGAAAGUAAAUCAAAAUGGAACAUUUUGGGAGUGUUGUACUAGGUUUGUUGUUUUUGUUGUUGCAGGGUCACAUGAAAGGGAAAUGGAACAUUCUCUUCCUCCUCUUAAACCCAAAGAGGUUAAUGGUUUCCCCAGUUCGUCGCCGGUUAAAGAAGAGGACGUUUGGGGCAUGGGUUUUGGAGAUCUUGGGAGCUAUGGCACUGUGGUAGGAGCCAUUGGUGCAAUGUCAGAUGUGUGGGUGGACACUGAUCCAUUGCAGGCUGCCACUAGUUCAGAUAUGGAAAUGUAUACUUCUUAUGGAGAGCCUGCAGAUUAU